GUUAUCCAUUAUCCAUUAUCCAUUCUACCUCUUUAUUAUCACGUUGUAUCUGUUAUGGUGGAGAAGGGGCGGGAUGCGCAGGGAGGGGAAGGAGGAGGAGGAGGAUGGCUUAGAGAAUGGGGGGAGGAGCAGAAGGAGGAGAGGAAGAGGAGGAAGAGGAGGAAGUGGAGGAAGAGGAGGAAGAGGAGGAAGAGCAGGAGAAGGAGUAGGAGGAGGAGUAGGAAGAGAGGAGGAGGAGGAGUAGAUGGCCAGGGCAAUCAAGAGGGAAAGAAUGAGCAUCAGUUAAACCAAGAGGAGACGACAGCAAAGGGAACACGAGUAAAACGAAAAUUUGAUAAUCUGGAAGAGAUGGCGGAGACGAGGAAGGGAAGGAGGAAGAGGAGGACGAGGAGGGAGGGGUGGGAGGAGGAGGGGGUGAGGAGGGGAGGAAGCGGGAAGAAGAACAGUAGUCAGAGGAGGCAGAAGGUAGCAGGGAGAGGACGAAGGCAGAACCUCAUCAGAUCGCUGCUGGCGUGCAGGAAACUACCUACAGAUGGUUGGGAGGACAACACGAUCCAGAUGUUCCUUCAUGACAUUGCAUCAAUGGACAGCAACAACUUUCUAGGUGCUGUUGGUGUGGGAGAAAGGGAAGCGCGGUGCGCUAGCCGACUUGUCUACCAACGCCAUUUUGGACUCUGCCAUGGUAUUGGUCGAUCGGGCAACGUAACGGAGGAGCAGCCAAAGGCGGCGGGCUCUUCGCUGAUUUCGAAGCUGUGCAAUCUUCUUGUGGCCCAUGCAAUGGAGAUAGCUGGACUGAAGGACUUGGGGCCUGUCUCCGUGCUGCCGGUGGCGACGGGCAUGACUCUCAUGCUGGUGCUGAUGGCUUUGAGGCAGCGGAGGCCUGCUACAGCAAGGUUUGUGCUGUGGCCUCGCAUCGAUCAGAAAACUUGUGUGAAAGCAGUUUUGUUGGCGGGGCUCGAUCUUGUCGUCAUUCCUAACCGAUUGGAAGGAGAUCAGCUGCGCACAGACACGGCCGCCCUUUUUAGAGAGGUGGAAGAUCGAGGAGCGGAUAGUAUUCUCUGCGUCGUGUCGACAACGAGUUGCUUUGCAGCACGUGCUGCGGACAGGGUACAGGAGAUCGCCAUUUUCUGCCAGGAGAAAGGUAUUCCACACGUGAUCAACAACGCCUACGGCGUGCAGUCUGCAGCUAUCUGUAAGUCGAUCAGUCGCGCUUGGCGGAAGGGACGAGUCGAUGGCAUAGUGCAGAGCACCGACAAGAACUUUCUCGUGCCGGUCGGCGGUGCUGUCGUUGCAGCGAGCAAGAUGAACCCUUCGCUGGUCGCUGACGUUAACGAGGCGUAUGCAGGUCGGGCAUCCAUGACUCCCCUCCUCGAUGUGCUGAUCACAUUGCUAUCCCUUGGCGCAAAAGGGUGGCAGAGGGUACUUCGUGACCGAGAAGAAAUUUACCCGUACCUUCGCCAGAAGCUCCAGGUGUUCGCCCAAAGCCAAGGCGAGCGCUUGCUGCAGACGCCCGACAACGCUAUCUCACUCGCAAUCACACUGUCCACUCUAGAAGCAGCCGGUGAACCGUGCAAAGAAGAUUCCACCGCAGAGGGGAAACCAGGUUGCAGCACAGAGACAAAGCAAACGAGCAGCACAGCAACGAAACCGCCUUGUCCAGUUGACGACACAGAAGCAAAACAAUCGAGCAGCACCGAGACACGACAAUUGAGCAGCAGCGCAGAGACCAAAUUGCUUCCUCAAGCAGAUGACACCACAGCAACACAAAUCAGCAGGUGUGUUCAUGAAAACGCUCAUCCCGAACACACUCAUCAGGAACGCACUCGUCAGGAAAACGCUCAUCACGAGAAUGGUCAGGCAAGGGUGCCAUCUCUGACAAUGAAUCGUGCUGCAGAAGAGGAGGCUGGCCAUUGGAUGUCAUCUUCUGGACAUAGAGGAGACACAACAGGUAUGGGGCAGGCAACCUCCUCACAUUCCCAUUUUUCUGAGGCCUUGCACACGGAGAAAGCAGAUGCUCGCCAGUGUCUGUCGUCAUUAGAAGAACAAACUAGCUGCUCUCAAUGGGAGCACUUCGAAACUGAAUCGCGGCGAAUGGCAGCUGCCGCGAAUCUGUCUGAUACGUCUUCCGUAACGGUCACAGAGAAGAAGGGGGGAGGAGGGUCAACGGUGGGUGCAGUCCUGCCGAGAUCAGGUGGAGAUGUCAUGGGAAGGGAGGUGGUAAAGGGGACAACUGAUGUCGACCGGGGGGAGCGUACACAAUGGCGAUCUUCUGACAAUUUUCAUCAGACUGCGGCAGCCUGCAGCAAUGGUGAUCAGACAGACCAUGGCUCAGCAGGCGAUCUGCCGCCUCUGAUUAACGAGUUCGCUUGUGAUGAGGAGAUUGAUUGUGGCCGCAUAGAUGGUUGCGACGCCGACUCCUCUGCCGACCAUUAUCCGCAAUCCAAAAGCACCCGACACAGAGGCUGUAAUCUCUUAAGCGACAGUCUUCAUCUCUCCCACCGCUUAGGUGGGAGAGAUGACGAUGACGAUGACAAUGACGAUGACGAUGAUGACGACUCUCGCAGCAGAGGAGGAUCUUGCCACGGGGGUUCGCCAAGUAGGUCUCAGAUUACUGUGGGUAUUCCAACGACAGCCAUUUGUUCAGCUUGUGACAAGAAGGGAACUGUAGACAAGCCAGCAUCUUUCUUACUCCAGUGGAGCGAUGAGGGCAGCCAUAGCCACAAUCACGAUAGAGAUGGUGACGGAAAGGGUGAUGGAGGUGACUCAAGGGUUGAUGACGGUGAUGAUGGAAAUGAAAAAUCAAGUGUGUAUCAUGAUCAGGCUGAGAAUGAAAGGACGUCAAUGGUUGGUGUAGGACAGCUGGAAGGAAAAGGUGUAGACUCUGCAGAGUGUCCGAUUGGGGAAUCCGGCAAGAGCGACGAGAAACUGAGGAGAAGAAACCUCACUGCAUUUGGAUCUAUGCUUUUUCUGAGACACAUAUCGGGGUGCCGUGUAAUCGCCAGGGGUGAAUGCAAGUCGGUCGGCGGGAUCGAGUUCAAAGGAUACGGCGCGUCUGCCGACAAUUACCCGUAUUCGUACAUGACGGCGGCGGCUGCAUUAGGACUCACACAUGCUGAUGUCGAUGCGUUCAUCGCAAAACUCGGUCGAUGUUUCGCCGAAUUUCGACAGAAGAGCAAAAAAGAGCGGGUGGCUGGCUCCAAGAACUAGCCCGGGAACGUUUCCGUGAUGAAAGAAGGCUCUAGAGUCUAAGCUCAG